UUUCUCUCUUGCGGGUAACAGCGAAUUCGUUCGAUCGUGUGUGCGAAUUAAUUGCAUAAUUUGUUGGAAAUAAUAAGUGUAGUGGAUUAAAAUAGGGAUACUUGUGAAAAAUCGAGGAAACAAAUAAUGCGAAGGAAGCAUAUUUAUCGGAAGUGUGGUUAGAAUCGCGUUCUUCCAACCGCGCAUGUCGCCACCUAUUGUUGAUCUGACAGGCUCUUGUGUAGUUACGGUGAAAGCGAUUGGAUCUUCUGUACGUUUCGUGAGAAAUUAAAAAGCAAUCAAUUAGUUUCUGCAUUGCAUGAAUCUUGUCAGAACUCAGUCGAGGAGAAUGUGUCGAGCAACAGAUUGUUCUAGAUAGGAGAAAGGAAAAUUUUAUCAAAGAUUUUUCUCUACUUUUGGAGUAGAUGCGUUCGAGGCCAGACAUGGCGGCUAUUCGAUGAACCAAUUACAGCAGCGCUCUCUUAAAAGAUUAGAUAUUGUAAAUUCCCCUUACAUUCGCGUCAGUGAAUAAUUCUGUACUUAUUUUGGUCGUUACUAGUAGUAAUACAAGUUGUUAUAAUUACGGGAAAGUGAUUGUCGUUCGUCGACAGAAAAAUAGAAGCCACGCAAGAUCGUACCGAAACGUUUGAUCAUGAAAGAAUUGUGUUUGGUCACGUGACCAUAGCCGAAAAAUGGCGCAAAGAUCAGAGUACAAACAUGAGUUCCAUUUCAUUCCUACGAUGUCAUUUGUAUUUGUUUACAAGCACGCGUUUUCAUAAACCACGUGUUAAGUAAGUGCCAUUUCGUUGACAGCGUGUGACGAACAAUGACGGGGAGAGGGUCGAAGAGACGGGGCCGACCUCCGAAAUCGGUGGUCAUGGAAAGGCCCAAAAAAUUUCAAUACCAUCUUAUGAAGAAGCCGAAAUAUUUGCAAAACAAGGGUUCGGAAACACCAAACUCACAACCAAGUACACCGACACCUUCAAGACCAUCAUCGCCAGUUGAAAGCGAGGAAAGCAGACGAAGUACGCGAACUCGAAAAUCUCGAGGACCCAGAGACAGACAUUCACGAAAAGGUGGUCACUCAAGUUCUGGUGCAUAUCAACGCCGAGGUUACAACCCAAACGUUGAUUAUCACGAUUCUGAAUAUCAUUAUGGGUCGGACUUUGGAGAUGAGUCCAGUGACAAAAGUGAAGUUGAAGAGGAUCUCCUGCAAAGCGAUGCAGACUCAUCUGAAAGUAUAGAAGAACCUGAUCCCUCCAGUGACAGUGACUUUUCCCUCUCCAGUUAUAGUACUACUAGUGGCACACCCCGUAAAACACUGCUUAGUCAACAAAGGCCACCAAGUCCAGAACCAUUAUGGCUCCAAAAUAGGGAACUGCCGCCGCUAAAUUUACCUAAAUCAUCUGAUGAUCUAUUAGUCCCUAGAGAACUUGUUAUGCCAUGUUUAUCUAUUUAUGAAGUAUUGAGACACUUUCGUACUUUGGUACGUCUUUCAGCCUUUAGGUUUGAAGAUUUCUGUGCUGCACUUAUGUGUGAAGAUCAAACUAAUCUAUUGGCUGAGAUACAUAUUAUGCUCAUUAAAGCGCUUCUUAGAGAAGAAGAUUCUCAGCAAACACAUUUUGGUCCUCUAGAUCAAAAAGACUCUGUGAAUGUUAGCUUAUACUUUGUGGAUUCUAUGACUUGGUCAGAAGCAUUACGUUCUUACGUUGAAAGUGACAAGUCUUUUGAUCAAAAUAUUUUACAUAUUUUAUCAACGUGUGAAUAUCCUUUUACUUCUGUUGAAGAUAGAAUCAAGGUGCUACAAUUUUUGACAGAUCAAUUUUUAAUUACAAAUCCAGUAAGAGAAGACCUGCUGCACGAAGGAAAUAUGCACUAUGAUGAUCACUGUAGAGUAUGUCAUCGUCUGGGAGAUUUAUUAUGUUGUGAAACUUGCCCAGCAGUGUUCCACUUAGAAUGUGUUGAACCUCCAUUGGUUGAUGUUCCUACUGAAGACUGGCAAUGUAGUACAUGCAAAGCUCACAAAGUUACAGGAGUUGCUGAUUGUAUACCUGAUGUUGAGAAAAAUGGUUCACUAUGUCGUCAAGAACAUCUAGGAUUUGAUAGACAUGGCAGAAAAUAUUGGUUUCUUGCAAGAAGAAUUUUUGUUGAAAGUGAAGAUGCAGAAGUUUGGUAUUAUAGCGCACCUUUACAGCUAGAAGAAUUAAUGCUUUGUUUAGACCGUAAUGAAAUGGAAGUUGCACUUUAUAGAGAAUUAUCAGAUUACAAAGAUGAAAUCGUAAGACAAAUGGAACUUACAGAACAGAUCACUAAUCAGUACAAGGGUAACAAAAAAUCAUACCUAGAAGUAGAAAACAAUCUCAUACAAAAAUUACAAAAAGAACGCCAAGAGAAACAAGAAAAAGAAGAAGAGGAGAAAAAAGAAAAACAAAGGCAAGAAGCUGAAGAAAUGGUACGCAGAAUUCAUGAAGGUACAGAUUCUCUAGAAGAACAAUUAGCAGCUGUCACUGAACAGCAGGAAACAAAAUCGUCCGAAGAAUCAAAUGCAAAAGAAAAUACUCAAAAACUAGGUACAGAAAAUGUAGAAACAGAUGGUGUAGAUACCAAUUUAACAGAUGGAGUAAAUAAAGAUGUUAAAGCCAGUAUAUCAUCGUCAUCCUCUGAAGAAAUUGAUGAAGAAGUAUUAGAAGGAGAAGAGGGUAUUUCAAAAAUUGGUAAAGAUGGAAAAAAACAUACUAUUGUAACGAGGUCAAAAACAGGAUCUUUACAACCUAGGACAUUUAAUAUGGAUGAUUUAAAGAAACGUAGUAGUGGACAGUUGUCAAAGGAAGAGUUAGAAAAACUAGAUAAAAGUUUGAAAGAGGAGGGAGAUGGUACUAGAUUAACAAGACAGAAAGCUCAUCAAAUAGCUUCUGGUACACAUCUCUUUAAAUUAGGGAUGGAUAACAACUUCAAAUCAUAUGUGAAUCAAUAUAGUACCAAUCCUAUUUCUCUGAAUAAGGCCCAACGUAACGAAGAACGCGAUAAAAAGAGGCAUUUGUCACACAAAUUUUCACUUACACAGGCCUCAGAAUUCAAAUGGGUUGGGAGUUUGACAGGAACGCGAGCUCUCUUAGUAAGCACAAUUCGUCAGACAAUUCUUCAACUCGAAAGUAGCAUUCAAUCAUCGUUUAUGCAUACUAAUUGGCCUCUUUUGCGUAAACCUUGGACUACGGCGGUGGGUGCUUGCGUUAAUCCCAGAGAUUUUGCGCGUGCUCUUAUUGUUUUACAAGCAUGCAUUAAAUCAGUAGUGUUUGCUAGUGUAUGGCAUGAUCAACUUGGACACGUGAAAUUACAAAGAGUAACAGCCCUUGAACGAGAAGAGAAGAAGCGCCAGGAUAAGAAAGAUAAGAAGGAAAGAGAAGAUGAAGAAGAACGUAAUCGUCUGUUUAAUUUUGUCAAAUAUACUUUAGGUUUGAAACAUCAAGUAUGGAAACAAAAAGGAGAAGAAUAUCGAGUACAUGGACAAGGCGGAUGGCUAUGGGUAUCUGCUAGUCGCCGUUACAGAUGUUUUGACAUCUCAAAAUUGGGUCUUCGAAUAGGCCCACAGAAAAUUAUGGUACAAAUUAAAGAUCAAGAAGGAUUAAAAAUAUUAGCUUUAGAUCCUCCUACAUAUGAUUUUUUGAUAAAAGAAUAUUGCUCUUCUAAAAAAGAAGAAAAUGAUAUGAAUAUUAAAAUAAAAGAAGAGAUUAAAGAGGAAGAAUCAUCAAAGGUUACAUCACUUGACACAUCUAUAAAACAAGAGUGCAAAGAAGACAACAUAAAAAAAGAACCAAUUGAAGAUAAACAAAAUAAAAUGGAAACAGAUACAAAAAACGAAGAAAAAACAGUGGCAAAAACAGAACCACAACAGAUUAAACAGGAAACAAAAAUGAAUUUAUCAUUUUUAGCUGGUAUGAAAAUCGAAAAAGUUUAUACACCUAUCAAAGAAUUUGAAGAAAUCGAUAUUAUUAAGGCACUGACGACUAACGGAAGGCUCCAUUACCCAAAAAUUGCUAAAAAGACUAGGGUCGACGAUUUUUUGACACGUAGAACACAUUUAAAACUUUUAGAAGAAAGAAGAUUAAUACAGACUGAGAAAUCAAAGGAGUUGUUAAAUCAAUCGACAAAUCAUAAAGCAGAUGGAGAUUCCGAAAUAGAUAUAGAAAAUAACGAAGAAAGUGAUACAGAUGGAGCUGAUAAUUCUUUACAGAAUAUUCUUACUGGAAAGCAGCCUAAAACUAUGCCUACAUCGACCAGAGAAAUGCUGACUGUAAUAGGAAAGCGUAUUCAACAAGUUAAAGCCCAAUAUGCCAAUAUAAUGAGAUUUAGUAAAAAUACUAGUUGUUAUUCACGAUAUUGUAAUAUGACUGCACCGCCAGGAAAGAUUACAACUACAACACAAAGUUUAACAUCUACCUGUUAUUCUCCUAUAUGUCUUCAAAAAGCAAGACUAAAACUCGAUCUGAUAGCAUUGCUAAGGAAAGCUAAUGCUUUAAAUAAUAAUCAAUCGACAUCGAAUUUAUCAAUUGGAGCAACUAUAACACAACAACCACAAACAAAUUCAAAGACAGAUGGAAAUGAUGAAGCUAGAGAUGCAAUCAGGAAAGAUUUAGAAUCCGCGGUAGCAUCUGCAACUCAUUGUACGGAAGAAACACCAGCUACGAAUGUAGUAAAAGAUGUUGCUUCGCCUCCUAUCAAAAAAAUAAAAGUUGAAUCUAAUGGUAAAGAUGUCAAUUCAGAACAUGUAGUAACCACUACAACUAAUAAUAUAGUUACUACUACGACAGUAACUACAACACAACAGACUAUAAAGUCAGUUGAUGGCGUUAUACAGAGUAUGCAGGAAAGUACAAGUUCUCAAAAUUCAGUUACAUUUUCAUCCGAAGUCAAAACAAGUGCAGGACAAAAGACAAUGAUUGUUAAUCGAAGAGGAAGAACAGUGCAAAGAAGUACAAUGGCUAAGGAAUUAAAUGCUGAUGGUACAGAAAGAGUGUACUCUACUACUUCAACCGAAGGAAAAGUUUAUCUGAAGAAAGUUGCAAUCUCUUUGGCUGAUAGAAAAAAGAAGCGCACUCCUGUUAAAUACCCUUUAUGUUCCACAUUUUGUACAAAAAAUAAACAUCGUAGUAUAUUGCUACUUCCACAACAUGAAUUGCGUAAAUUGGCUAGAGUUGGUGGACGAAUACAAGUUCAAGGUUUUCAUCAUAUGGCCAAGGCAAAUAUGUCAGUAUGGCCAUAUCCCUGCCCUAGGCCAUUAUUUAAGACUUGUUGGUUAUACAGAACAGUUGGCAUAAAAUCGCUGGCUGCUGCAGCUCUUCAAUUAAGAAUAUUAUGGGCAUGUCUUCGUUGGGACGAUAUGGCUGCAAAACCGUUAUCUACAGAUGGCAAACAUCAAAUUACAACUGAUACGGAAAUUAUGUCAUUAGAAAUUCUUAAACACCGUCAUGUUGGCCAAUUUUUAGAUAAGACGCAGUACUUACGUAGAAAAGUUGUUAUACCUUUGGAACUUCCAAAACAAGUCAGAGAAGUUACAUCUAUAAGAAGUGGUCUGCGAAAAAGGAAACGACCAGAAUCACCACAAAGCACCGAACCACAAGUUACAGAAGAAUGGGUUGAUGAGGACAAAUUGGAGCUAUGGGAAAUUAAACAAUAUGGUGAUAGGUUAGAGAAGGCUAAUGCCCAGAUUAUUACUAGGAGUCGAUCGGGACAACCACAAUCCGCGGUUGGUUCUAACCGAAAUGCAGGCGCAAAUUCUGGUAUGAACGAUCAACUUGUUAGUGGUAAAGCAACACCUGAAGAGAUUAAAGAAAAGAUGGAGCAGCAAUUGCGCAUGCAAAGAGCUGCUCAUCAACAAAAGAGAGCAUUAGAAACUUUAAAAAGCCCAGCCAAUUCUGGUUCACCUACACAAGUUGUAAAAGUUACAGCUAACUCCACUCAUGAUGGCACAGUUAAAUUGGUUUCCAAAGUUGCAAUACCAGCAAAUCCAAACAGUGGGACAAAAUCACAACUAACUUCCCUUUUGACAACACCUGCACAGAAUAAGCCUUUUAUUAGUACAAAGCGUAUUUAUAUGGCGAAAUCAUCUCUUGGAACAACAAAAGUUGUUUCUGGACCUACAAGCAUUUUACCGAAAACACAGCAAGCUGGAAAUCAACAGUCCCUAAUUAAGGUUUCCGGUCAAGCAGGUUCUAUACAACAAAUCCAACAAAGAGUACAGAUUAUAAGAGGCCCAGAUGGAAAGCUUCAAGUUCGUGGUUUGAUGCCUGGCCAACAAUUAGUUCAAAUGCCGGAUGGAAAACUUCAUGUGUUAAACAAUAGUCAAGCAAUUACUACUCUUGCACAAACUGGUGGAACAACCAUACAGACAAAAACAGCCACAACAACUACAGCUAAAGUGGCUACAACAGCUAAUUGUACAACUAAGACUAGUCCAUCCAAAACAACAACAAAUACAACGUCACAAGUACAAGGUGUUCAGCAGUCGCAAGCUCAAUCUCAGCAAGGAAUUCAACGUUCAUCAGCAACCACUGUAACCAUUGCCACUACACCCACACAACCAACCAAAAAUGCUAUUGUAGUGGCCAAUACUGGACAAAUUGUACAAAGUGCACAAGUCAUAUCUUCUGGUGGACAAGUCAUUAGUGGAAAUCAAAUAGUGGUUACUAAUGCUAAUUUAGCUCAACAGCUUGCAACGGGUAAAGCUCAGUUAACGACAAUCGGUGGUCAUCAAGUGGUUAUUCGUAGCACUCCGACAGGCAAUCAAAUUGUACAUUUAAAUUCGACAAACAGUGGUAUUAUUGUAAAAAAUACUGUAACACCAACUAAACAAGUUCCUGUACUACAAUCUACUCAAUCAACAACUACAGCAACAACAGGAGCACAGUCAACUGAUGCAACAAAUAAUAGCACUGGUAGUACUACAUCGACGAAUGAGACAUUAACUACUACUACAACUACAACAAAUCAAACUUCUACUGCUCCAGCACCUGGAAGUGUAGAAGCAUCUUUAUUAGCGGGUCAACCACCUGGAACUGUCAUUAAAUGCGUUACUGCUCAAGUUAUACAAACUACUCAAGGUCCUCGUAUAGUUUUACAAGGUUUACAAGGCGCAGAUUUUACUCCGCAACAACUUGUAAUGGUGCAGCAACAGGUCAAACAACAACUACUUAAAGCCCAAGCUGCAACAGGAAAACAAGGAGUUUUGGGACCUACUAAAAUUUAUUUAGCUGUUCAACCUGCACCUAGUAGUCAACAAUCGAUUCAAAGUUCUACAACAGCAAAUACACCUGCUACACCAGCAACAAAACCACAAACUGCACAACAACCAGUUGUUUCGCCACCAGCAGCAACUGAACCUCAAACGGGAACUGAAAGCAUUCCGGAGCUUCCAUCGACAGCAACUUCAAGUUCUCCUGAAAAACCGAAAGUAGUUGUUCAACAAGUUGCACAACCUAGUGUGACUACAGAAGAGGAAUCACAAAAAACAAAUGUAGCUAAUGGUCAGCAACCUUUGCAAUCUUUAAAAGAAGGAAACGAUUCCUCGGCUAACAAAUUUAUUUUAACGCCUGAUUACAUACAACAAACCAUCAAGAAUGCAUUGAAACAAGAAAACCUUAAUCCUGAAAUAGAAGAAAAGCUGCUACAACUACAACGAUACCAAGAGAAGCAGAUGAAAGGGGGUGUUGAAAAUUCAGCAAGCAAUAAUCAAACUCAUACUACGCCUACAAUUACGACUCCACGUGUUCCAUCUCGUAAAAGACCAGCACCUUCUAACAUUCCAACAACGACCUCAUCUACGAAUGUACAAUCAAUAACAAAUGAUAAAGAUACAGAUUGGGCAGAAACACCUAGAAAGAAGCUCGCUUUAAAACAAGAAAGUCGUGAAACUCCAAAAGUACAAAAGAUUGAACCAAUAGAGAAUGAGUCUACCCCACAAAAAAGAGCAGCAAAGCUAAAAGACAGUCAAGAGCAACGAAGAAAGCAACAGGUUCACUCACGAAUGCAGGUUUUGUUAUUUAGACAUAAAGAAUUACUUAAAAAGGAUAUUCUAAAGAAGAGAGCACUGCUUGAAAAAGAAUUACAGAUAGAUAUUCAGAAAGAUUUAUCAGCGGAAUUAGCUUCGAGAACCAAGGCGGAGAGACACAAACAAGAUGAGGUAAAAGUAGGAAGUGCGAAACGUAAAGCAAAUGCUCAAAUGUCUCAACAAGUUAGUCCGCCUAAUAGAGGUGGAAGGCCAAGGAAGUAUAAAGCCCAAGGAAGCAAUACUACACCACCGGGUGCUUCAACCGCUGCCGCUACGAAUAGAAUCAAGAAAGAGAAGUUAUAUUGUUUAUGUAGAACGCCAUACGAUGAAACGAAGUUUUAUGUUGGAUGUGAUCUUUGUAACAAUUGGUUCCACGGAGAUUGCGUUGGAAUUACAGAAGAAAUGUGUAAGACACUUUCUGAGUUUGUUUGUACAGAAUGUAGACAUGCAAGAGAUACACAGGAGUUAUAUUGUUUAUGUAAACAGCCUUAUGACGAAUCUCAAUUUUAUAUUUGCUGCGAUAAGUGUCAAGAUUGGUUCCAUGGUCGAUGCGUCGGUAUUCUACAAUCAGAAGCAGACAAUAUCGAUGAAUACGUUUGUCCAAAUUGUCAACGAAAUUCUUCCGUUAACUUUGCUAACAUGAAAAAUCUUAAUGCAAAAGACCUUGAUCUCCUGAAAAAAUUAAUUAAGCAAAUACAGGCACAUAAAAGUGCUUGGCCAUUUAUGGAACCAGUAGAUCCAAAUGAAGCACCAGACUAUUAUAAAGUUAUAAAGGAGCCGAUGGAUCUGCAAACGAUAGAAUUGAGGAUAAAUGACAGAUCUUACAAGAAAUUAAGUGAAUUUAUCGGAGAUAUGACAAAAAUAUUUGACAAUUGUCGUUAUUAUAAUCCGAAAGAAUCACCUUUCUUUAAGUGUGCAGAAUCCUUAGAAACUUAUUUUGUUCAUAAGAUCAAAAGUUUAAGAGAGAAGUUCUCUGAAGGAAAGUAAGCAAUCAAAUAAAGGAUAAACGGGAAAACUGUAACUAUAAACGAGUGGAAGUGUUAAGUAUCAACGGUUUAAUUCGUGUAACAACAGAAAUGAUCUGUGCCAGUAGAAAAGAGACAUUCAAAGUAGCCAUAAGUAUAUUAGCAGUAGUCUGUAUAAGUUCACUAUUUAUUAGAAUUGUGUGAACAUUUAAUUUGCUUUCGCAAACUUUUAUUUGCAUUGUGUCGUACAAUGAAUUUUGAACCAGAACUUAUAACAUUUUAGUCCUAAAACACAAAGUCUUCUUUAAGUACAAUGAUGCUUUUCUCAUUAUUUCAAAAGUAUCAUUUAUUGUAAGAAUUUAUUAUAAAUUACGUUUAAUAUUUUUGGAUGAUACAAGUAUAUCAUUCAUAAUAAUACUUUUAUUCUUUAUUUAUACAAUUAUUUAGACAAUAAAAUAUUAGUUUCUUAAAUAUAUUGUGCCUGUAUACAUCUUUUUAACAAAAAGAGGCAGUAAAUAUUUAAUAUAAAAAUACUAAGAAGGUGUAAGUUCAAAUUCAUAAAAUGAGAAUUCAAUUAAUGUACUGUAAAAUGAAAAAUAAUUUAUAUUGAAUAAAAUGUGCAAUACAUGCUUAUUUAUUAUAUUUUGUAUAUGAAAAAAAUGAAAAAGCUUUUUAUAAAAAAUCAUCAUAAUUUGCGGUUCAAAAUUCAUAUGUUCCUCACAGGCAUCACUGUUUAUGUACAUCUAUUAAAUAAGUGUAAUAAUGCAUGUUAAGAAUAAUUAUAAAUAUAUCAAAUCAGUGCCACUGAGCGUUUAGAAUGGUAUGUUUUUAAUAAUACAAUGCAAUGUAUUUUGAAAAAUUAUAAAAACUAUGGAAAAAGUGGAAAACCAUUAGAGAGUUCAUUAUCAUUCAAUAAAGAGGAAGAAAUUGGUCCAA